CCUCCACCCCCCCACCCUCCCAGCCUCCACCCCCCACCGUGAAGCGACCGUCCCCGGCGAUGUCGUCCGAGCUGCGGGCCUCGCUGCUGCACCGCGACGGGCAGAGGCGGCGGUUCGCGGUGCCCGCGGGCGGCGGCGGUGGCGGCGUGCGGGGCUUGGCGCGGGCCCUCCAGACCCUCCGGGAGGAGGUCUCUGAGGCACUGACCGAGUUGGUGGAUCAGGAGAAGACUGCGGCGGCUACCGGCGGCGGCGGUGGUGGAGAAGGCUCGGCUGGAGAAGAGGCGGACGAGAGCGAUGAUGAUGACGACGAUGACGACGACGACGGUGGUGGUGGUGACAAAGCUCCUGGACAGGGUCAGGCUGGACCGCGUCAGCCUGGGUCUGAGUUCGAGUCCGGGUCACGUCAAGCGGCGUGCGAGGGAGCUGUGAAGCGAGGAGUGGGACAGCAAGAAGCUUUGAUGAAGUCUCCCGCGAAAAAGAAGAAGCAUUAGGACUUGUCGUUUUUUUUCCCCCGAUCAUCGGCUCUCCUGGCCUGCCAAUGAGGGCCGUGUGUACAUGAACGAAUCUUUAUUUCGGCUGGGUGAGGGCCUCACCACACUGUGUUCGUCGUGGGGGUUAUGUGAGCGCACUUCACUACGCUGGUUCUUAUGGGUUGGUGAAGAUAUAGGGGGGGGGGGGGGCGGAGGGGGGUGUAUCCAGGGCCGGUUCAGAUAUCGCUCGCCACUGAUGUUAGCCGUGGCUGGGAAGCGAACUCGUGUCAGCCAGGUUCAGAGCACAGAGCGCUUAAAACUUCUGGCACCACCGCUCCCCGAAAGGGUUAUGGAGAAGCAGUGGUUGCGACUCGUUGAUUUUGACUUCACAAAAUAGCCGUGAUGUAUGAGCACAAAAGAACACAUCUGUCGAUGACAUUGCCCUAAAGAAAGAAAUUAUAUAAUCGGUGACGUUUUCAGGCGGUGUAAUUUAUUUUUAUAUAUAUCGCAGAGGAACCAUACAGAUUGAAUAGCUGAUAACAGUUGCUCUGGCCACUAUCUCACUUGCCCCCAAACAUCACAUAAUCUAAUUUCUGCUUUGUGCGCGCGUCGGUGUCGAAAAGCGAUUGAGCGAGUUAAGAUUCGCAUUGUGAGCCGUGUCCGUUUUUAUAAAUAAAACUCCAGCCCUGGUGUGUUCUCCAUAUUAUGACUAAGCGUGCUGCGACAACGCGGGGUGUUCGCCGAAGUGGGGAAGCCAGUGACCUACAAACCCCAACCAGUAAUCCCUGCAGUCGGCACAACUUCAGGGCAAUUCAGUACAGUGCGUACUCCAGUCCUUGCCAUCCACCACGGCAAGCCUCCGUUCGAAUUCUGAUUUGCAAAAUAUGUAAGCAGAUAACGUCUCGUAUAUGUCUCUCCACAUAAAAAAAAUAGUAUUUACACAACCAUUUGCCCGCACGGCCCUCUGGGAGUUAUUAAUUUCAGCAGCAAAGAUUUUUACUUUACUCCCAGAAAGCUGUGGGGCCCAUGGAUUGUGUUGAGAAUACUUUCAUUUUAUGUGCGGUCAGAUAUACGAAGGAGACGGAGACUUGGGCCCCAGAGGAGUGCAUUCGCCACGCGUUCAAUAAUCCAUAAACCACGCACUCGCACGCAUCGUUUGGCUCGUACGAAGGUACGCCGCCCACGAGGCUUUUAGUCAAUUUACACUUUUAAUCAAUCGUGCGUGCUUCGUAACAUUGCGUGCGCACACACUCUACGCGAGACAGACGCGCGGACAAAGGUGGAUGCCUGGUGGUUAACAUACGCGGGGGGUGGGUGAGGUUUUAGGUGCAUAUGACGACGCGGGUGCGUUUAGGUUCGACGGCGUCGCACACAUGGAGAUAGUACACGAGCAUCACAAUCGGCUUGCGUUAACCAGGGGUGGGGUUUGGGAACCUUUCCCCUUAACUUGGGAGCCAAAAUGAAUUUUUCGUUCCCCUCUUGUGGAACCCACGUGUUAAUAACGCCCAUCUUUUUCGGCGUUAUCCAAUAAUAAGGUGAAAAAUAAUUACCGCCGGGCCUUCGUUUCAAUCCGGUUUGUCCGGGUGAGAGACUCGGAAUAUAUUUCCGCACUCGGCACACCAACCAGUAUACCUCGCGCUCUGGCUGAGCUGCUGGUCGCGUUCCACAUACUGAAAGUUCAGCCGCGACCUUGAAAAUGCUCGGUGAGACAGCAAGAGAUGAAUGUGCAUAACAAAUAAAUGCAAUGUUGUUGGGGAGCUCAAUAAAUAUGCCCCUCGAGUAUCCAAUUAGUAUGGCUACGAUGCCUGCAGUAAUGGAUAUAUAUAUUCAUGGGCCGUUUUAAAUUGGCAGGUCUCAUGCGGCCGCGGGCCAUGGCGUUGCUACCCAUCCUGGAUUUUUCGGAGUUGUAGCCAUCCUGAUAUGUUUUAAUAACUUCCCAGGACAUUAAAUAGCCCGGUUUUUGUAAUUUGCACAGUUAUAUACCACUCUAGACAAUGCAUCAACGUGUAUUUAUUCAUGGGAGAUAUUCUUCCCAUGGAUAUGUCCCAGUGUUUUUGUUACCUUGGAGGUGGCAACCCUCGCGGGCAGUGUGAAAUGAAGCCACGGGCCGAAUCUGGCCCGUGGGCCAGAGGGUCUCCCCCCACCCCUGGUAUAUAAGCGUAUCCUGGCAUACACGCAGUUCGUUAAUGAUCAUUCAGAAGCAGCACGUGGUUAUUAUGGAUGUUACGGAUAAAACAUGUCACUUUUUUAUAUGCAGGACAAACAUACAUGCUUAUUUUUGCUCAAAUAUAUAUAUGGGGUAGGUACAGUAACGAUUAGAGUGUUGAUGGAUGGGAAGUACAUACGAUGCUUAAUUAUUUCGUGCAGUUUUGGAAUGUGAAUUGAAGGGUUCGUAUAAUCAUUAUCAGGAAUGUAACUUCACCCCUCCCUCCCUCCUCUCUGCGACUCGAUGAAUUGCCACGAUGUGGUAACGAUUCCAUGAAAUCAUCUUUUUUUUAAACAUUCAGAAUCAGCAGUAGGGAGUGUAGCGCCUCUAGUGGUUGCAGGGUUUACGUGAACCAAUCACAAGGAACGUAACGGCCAAGUUAAAGAUUGAACGUUUGGAACGUUGGGCGAACGUUGGUCGAACGUUGGUUCAACGACAUGUCAACGUUGGUCGAACGUUGGUUCAAUCACGACAACGUUGGUCGAACGUUGGUUCACCCACAUGUCAACGUUGGUCGAACGUUGGUUCAACCACAUGUCAACGUUCGUCGAACGUUGGUUCAAUCACGCCAACGUUGGUCGAACGUUGGUU